CAAAUUAGGGAUCAUAAAGUGAUUUUUGUGAUUUGUCCCCACCGGGAUUCGAACCCGGGACCUCCGGAUCGUGAGCACAACGCUCAACCACUGAACCACGGAGGCCGCCGAUAGAUAAAUAAACUUUGUAAUCGAGCUACUAACUUUUGACCUUUCAAUGUUUAUAAGAAUAUAUAGGUUAACUCGCAUAGCGUCUCUCACCUGUUUACGUCAUCCGUCACUUUGACCCACUUACGAUCACUACAGACAUGCUUCCUGACCUAAUUCUAGGUUAUAAUAUUACGGAAACUCAUCUAAAACUAAUAAAUUCCCAUUGUAUUCCUUAAAAUUAAGUUAAGAUUCAUUAAAAGCGAAACAAAAUCACGGCAAUAUAGGAAUAUUACGAAUGUUUCGCGUUAUAACCUAAUGGUAAAAGCUUCAACGCGCAGACGCGAGCUAAAGCUCAGCACAUGCGCAGUUCAAACGUCAAAUCUAUUUUAGAAUCACAAGCUUACGUGAGGAGCGAGCUCUCACACCGUACAGCUCACGAAACUCGCAAAAAUACAACCAAAAUCCACUAAAAUUGUCAUAAAAAUUCCAACGACCGUGACGUAACAUUGUGUUCUAAACAACGUGAAUAAACAAACUGAAAAUGUGACAAAAGACUGCAGUGACAUUAAAUUUUAACGAGAUAAACAUAAUAAGUGUUAAAAAGCAAAAUGCGGCAAUGCGGUACAAUGGGAUCGAUGCAAACAGUAUUUCUAGAUGCCAAAAUUAAAAACAUAUAGUGUCAAAUUUACUAAAACAUGGAGCCUUUAAUAGAUAGGAACAACUUUGCCAUUAGCGCAAUGGUGACUGUAGCAAUGCAGAUACUGUACUUCACAGUGGCUUCGCUGUUCCAAACCGACAAGCUGACUGACUUCACUGGGGGUGCAAACUUCAUCAUCAUAGCUCUGUUGACUUUCUUCCUGGGCCAAGGAUCGAGCCACUUAAAAAGUUACGACAGCAGACAACUCAUGGUUACGGCAUUCGUUUGCGUUUGGGGCGCGAGACUCUCUGGAUACUUGAUCUACAGAAUCUACCACAUCGGCAGGGACAAACAGUUUGAAGACCGUAAAAGUAACACCUUGAGGUUCCUUGUCUUUUACACGUUCCAAGCCGUCUGGGUCUACGUCGUAAGUCUACCAGUCAUCAUCAUAAAUUCUCCUCAUCAUUCUUAUCCUAAAUCUCCGAAAACUAUGACCACUUUAGACUCGGCUGGUGCUGGAGUGUUUGUGAUAGGAUUACUGAUCGAGACGUACGCUGACUUACAGAAGUUUGCCUUUAGACAAGAGCCUGAUAACCAAGGGAAGUGGUGCAAUGACGGACUGUGGGGCCUGUCAAGACACCCAAACUACUUUGGUGAAGUAGUGCUGUGGUGGGGAAUUUUCAUCAUAUCUCUGAACGUAAUUGAAGGUGUCGAAUGGGUAGCGAUACUGUCACCUCUAUUCACGACUGCAAUCAUAUUGUUCUUAUCUGGAAUACCUCUACUGGAACGAUCGGCGGACGAAAAAUACAGAGAUAACCCAGAUUACUUGUAUUAUAAGGCGUCGACGUCGCCCCUGAUACCGAUCCCGCCGGCUAUUUACGUGGAAGUGCCGAAGUUUUUGAAAUUCGUCAUGUGUUGCGAGUUCCCUAUAUACGAUUCUACCGGUGACGACUUCCCUGCGCCUACCAUAGUCACUGAGACGACAAGCAUAUCGAUGGUGCAAUCCCAAACAUAGCUAACGCACGCCGUCCGUGACGUCACGGCGGCAAAACCCGAAACACAGAACUAUAAGAGCCAAAGUACACAAAAACAAUUGUGAUACACGGCUGAGGAUAAGCCUCAGAAGAUAUUGCCAAAUUCAUUGCCACUAAAACAAAGUAAUACUAUA